AUGGUCCGCCACCGCGUGAGGAGUCCCAGCGAGCGGCCCCAGCAGGGGUCUGGGCAGCAGCACGGGUGCGAGGACCAGGCGCAGAGCCCCGAGGAUAUCCAGGCCGACGGAAGGGCCAUCGGAGGCCGCUAUCGCUAUAGACAGAGGCGCGGCUCCCCAAGGAGGCUGUACAGGCUCCGCACACGGCGGGAGCGCUCGUGUGGAAGGCGCCAGAGACGCGCGUGCAGGCACAGGAGGCGCCGCAGAGGUCCGCCCGUCCCCUCCGCCCCCCAUUCCGGGGCCCCUGACACCCCGGCCACGGCACAGAAGGGUGGCGGGAGGCUAACGAGGCACUGGGCCCCCACCCAUCUGACAGUCCCCAGCCCCAUCCACAACCAGAUCCCCUGA